UUUUUUUAUUUUUAUUUUUAAUUUUUUUCAUUUUUCUUCUCUCUCUCUCUCUCUCUCUCUCCAUAUGCUUCACACAGAAAGAUCAAUUCAAAAGCCCUCCAAGUCUGCUCUUCCUUUCUUCAACAUCUCAUUCAUCAAAACAAUCACACUCCUCCCCGUCUCCAUCUCUAUCUCUCUUCUUCUCAAUUUCCAUAAAUGUAAUCUUUUAUAUAUAUAGAUUGAUACAUCUAGUGUUAUAGAUAUAUAGAGCUAUAUUCGUGGUUUGUAAAGAUGAGCAGUGGGGCUAGGGUUUCAAUCCCGAACAGUGUUCGGAAGAUGAUCCAAAACAUAAAGGAGAUCACGGGCAAUCACAGUGAAGAGGAGAUAUAUGCAAUGCUCAAGGAAUGUUCCAUGGAUCCCAACGAGACCGCCCAGAAGCUCCUCCUUCAGGAUACGUUCCAUGAGGUUAAACGGAAACGUGAUCGGAGAAAAGAGAACUUGAGCAACAAAGAGCCUACAGAAUUGAGGUGGAGAACUGGUAUGCAAGGGCGUGGGAGUAGAGGUGGGCGGGGGAACUAUUCUCGUCACAUAUUGAAUGAUGCUAGAGGUGGCAGAAACUCUGCUCCUGGAAAGGAAAAUGUUAUCAAUCAAGUUACAGAUAAGGAUGUUGGGUUGUCAUAUUUGCCUACCUCUCAGGAGACUAACAAUAAAGAAAUCACUCCUGCCACAAGCACUCUCUCUGUCAUACCUAAUGGUCCCACUGCCGUGGCUCCUGGGAGCGCUGGUGUUCUGCAUGCUGGUAAUUUGUCUUCAGGGUGUUUGGUUAACCAGUCUGAAGGUAGUUCAGCAGUUGGCUUUAGUAAAUUGGGGGGUCCACCACCACUUCCGCACCUGGUUGAUGCAAAGGAAAACCCCAGCAUUGAAUUUGGAACAGGGCACACACAGCGGCAGCCCAUGACAAGCUCAAGUGGCAGCUCAACUGCUGGGACUCAGGCACCUUCUACUGGAGACUAUUUCUCGGCUUCAGAUCCUGUUCUGGUGCCAUCUCAUGAUUCACGACUUCCCGGUGCUAUGGGUGCAAUUAAACGUGAGGUGGGAAGCCAGCGAACUCCUGUUGAACAGAUUUCUCUUGUCCCUUCUGAGGGCAAAUCAAUUGCUGCAGUUUCUGAGGUUGGGAGUUCCUCCAUGCAAGAAAAAAUGCCAAACAAAUCCAUGGGGGCAGGAAAUAAUCAACUUUCAGAUUCUACACAACCUGCGUCUUCUACUCAUGGUGGCUCUUCUGUUAUUAGGUCUUCGUCUAAUUACAAUAGCAGGUUGCAACAAGUUUUUGGACCUCAAAAAGUGGGCCCUAGUAAGGAGUGGAAACCAAAGCCAACAAACUCAAAUCUUGCUCAAGGGCCUGGGACAGCUGGUUCAUCUGAGGUUCCUACCACAGCGGAGGCUAAUACCCAGUCAUGCCCUGAUUUGAGUGUCCUUGAUUCAAAAGAAGCCACUUCAAGGCUACAGAGGAAGCUAGAGGAGUUACAUUUCUCAGAUGCUCAACAUGUUAUCAUCCCAAAUCAUCUCCAUGUCCCUGAAACUGAAAAAAUUGGUUUUUGUUUUGGAAGUUUUGAUGCUACUUUUAGUUUAAACCCAAGCAAUAUAAGUGGGUCUGAGAAUGACAGAAACCCCACACCUCUUUCUGAAACUUCUGAGAGUGUUGAAGAGACAGAGGAGCACUCCUCCAGCAAUCAAAAUGCACUCGAAACUACUGAGGAAGGUGAUUAUCCUGAUCAUCCCCAAUCACCUGCACAUGGACCGGAAAAUUUAUCCUCUGGUGAGGGCGACACCUCAUCCACUGCGGUUCCAGAGUACAGUGAGUCUAAGCAAGAGACUGCUUUGCCUGGAAACCACCAAUAUUCAAUGAUUCAUACUUCUCCCAGCUACAGUUUUGGUUUCAUGCCGCCAAUGGUUGGAAGCCAGCUUGCACCAUUUGAAAGCUCUGAGUCUCAAGCACGUGAUGUUCCCCGGCUCCCAAGCUUUGUUGUUCCACAACCAUUCGAUGCAGCCAGCUGUUAUGCCCAAUUUUAUCGGUCUGGCACUGAUAGUGAUGGCCGCAUUUCUCCCUUCCAUUCACCUGGAGUUACAGUCAAGUACAAUGGGAAUGUUACAGUGUUGUCUCCGCAGACUUCUCAGUCUGCUCAAGAGGGUGGGAAUUCUAUGGUUUUGUCUAUGGCAGGUCCAACUCCUCAUGUGACUCAAGCUGGUGGGGUUGUGCAGAGCUCAAUAGCCGUAACACAGCAACCGCUCCCCGUUUUUCGACAGCCUACAGGGAUGCCUAUACCUCAUUAUCCUCCAAACUACAUUCCAUAUGGUCAUUAUUUCUCGCCUUUUUAUGUUCCCCCUCCGGCCAUCCAUCAAUUUUUAAGCAACGGUGCGUUCCCUCAGCAAUCCCAGGCUGGCGGCAUAUAUCCGGCUCCUCCAGGGGCUACUGCUAAAUAUUCACUUUCACAAUACAAAGUGGGAAGUAAUACGGGAAACUCCACCCAUGGUGGAGUGGUGGGAAACUAUGGACCAUACGGCUCCUCCCCAGCUGGUUAUAAUCCCAGUACUGCUUCAACAGCCGGAAACUCAACUGCCAAUGAGGAUCUUGCUGCAGCCCAGUUCAAGGAAAAUAAUGUCUACAUUACAGGACAGCAGAGUGAAGGUUCAGCCUGGUGAUGGAUCGCUGCGCCGGCCCGAGACAUUUCUGGCUUACAGCCUAGUUCAUUCUACAAUCUUCCUCAGGGUCAAGUGACUUUUGCCCCAACGCAGGCUGGCCAUGGCACCUUCACCAGUAUCUAUCACCCCGCUCAAGCAGUUUCAGCAAUGACCGUUCACCCUCUUCUUCAACAGUCUCAGACCAUGGCUUCAGCUGCCGAUAUUGUGGGACCCACAUCCAGUGUUUAUCAGCAACCUCAGCAUGCACAAAUUAACUGGCGCAAUAACUACUGAAGGAAGGAGCUAUUUAUUUUUUUUGCAGAACAAGCUAAAUCAAGAACUGCAAUGCCCAAUAUAGAGAUUUUUUUGGGACUUGGAAUGGACAAAAACAACGAAAAGGUACAAGAUAGGCCUGGAUUGAGUGUCGAUCUAUAGAAGGAUUUGAUUGGGUGGAGCAUAUUUAAGGUGAAAUCCUACUGUAACUGAUUUGCAACCAUUUUAAGUUAGUUGAUCAGAGGGGUAUGUUCAGGUCUUCCCUUUCUUGCUGCUGUGUAUGUGGUUUUACCAUUUUUCCGCUCACAAUGGCGAAGCAUUUUUGUAAUUUCCAACUUUAUUAGAGAAAUGUCCACUUUGAGAAACUUUUUUACUGUUCUUUUCCCCCUCCCUUUGAUUUGAGGUUUUUUUUAUAGGACUUUGGAAGGUAAGAUUAGGGUUUUUUUAGAGGAUUUUUCUGGUUCUUGUUUUUUGUUCUCUCGUCUUUCGCUGUCUUACCUGUAAAGUGAUUUUUGAUAGCAAGAAAGGAUGUACUUUUAAUUGUUGUAAUUGAUUUUGGUAUAAGCAAAAGCUCCUUCAGUUAUUCCAAUUGAUUUUGAGAUUUCGCUUGAAA